CCAACCUGUAUGCCCGAUACAAUGAUCAUAAUAAAAUAAAAUAAAUCACCAUCGUUAUCUCUUCUCUAGGGUUCCUCCCUGGCUCUCUCUCUCUUCUGUAGACUCCUCCCUUCUAUAAUUUUGAGCCACCAACAAAUCUCUCUUACCAUGCCCCACUGUACACAAUUAAACCUACAGAUCUUCCUCUUCUCACCUCUAAAAACCCUAGAUUUCAGAUUUUUCACUGUCAAGGGUUUUUGGGUUUUUCCUAUUUAGUUAUUCUAGAUUAAGAUUCAGUUAUUUUUAUGGUUAGGGUUUUUUAAUUUUCCCCUUUUUUUAAACUUUUGUUCUAGAUUCGGUUUCGCAGUUGUGUUGGUUAGGGCUUUGUUACCAUUGUUAGCUGAUUUCUGUUUCGUUUUGGUUGGGGGGUAAGUGUAGAUAUAGUUAGAUUAGAUAUGGAAGGGUUCGAUAGCGGGAGUAGUAUUGUGAAAUCCCUCGGAGAUAACUCUACAGCAGGUGCGGUAUUUGAUGCUUCGCAUUAUGCAUUCUUUGGUAAAGAUGUGCUUGAAGAAGUUGAAUUGGGCGGAUUAGAGGAUGAAGACGAUAGUAGUAUGACUGCACCUCGCUUUGACGAAGAAGAGUUUCUUUUUGAUAAAGAAGAGGGUGAGGUUUUAAGAUCUCUGUCUGAUAUUGACGAUCUUGCUAGCACAUUUUCGAAGCUUAACACAGUUGUUAGUGGACCAAGAAUUCCUGGAGUAAUUGGUGAUCGGGGAUCCAGAGAAAGUUCAUCUGCUGCUGAAUGGGUGCAAGGUGACUGGUAUGAGCAGCAGCAGAUGCUUGACACUGAAGGCAUGUCAGACGGGAAACGGUGGUCGUCACAGCCAUAUUCUUCUUCUCCUUACAUAACAGAAUCCAGGUCUUUGUACAGAACAGCUUCAUACCCAGAGCAGCAACAGCAGCCUCUUUACAGAACAUCUUCAUAUCCUGAGCAGCAACAGCAGAUGCAACACCACCACCAACAACACUUCUCCAGUGAGCCAAUUCUUGUGCCGAAGUCUUCUUACACUUCAUAUCCUCCUCCAGGUGGUAGAUCUCAGCAGGCUUCACCAAACCACAAUUCCAGCCACAUGAAUGUUUCAUAUGUUGCUGGGGGACCUCAGCUGUCAUCUUCACCAAACCUCUCUCCCUUCUCAAACUCUCAACUUCAAUUGCCUGGCUUACAUCAUGGAUCACCUUAUGGUGGAAACUUGCCUCAGUUUCCUCCUGGUCUGUCUGUUAAUAGCCGACCUCCUAGCCAGUGGGUAAAUCAGACUGGCAUGUAUCCUCGAGAUCAUUCAAGCCUUGUGAACAAUAUGUUGCCACAGCAGGCACCUCAUCAGAAUGGGUUGAUGCCUCCCCAAUUGAUGCCACAAUUACAGCCACCACAACAUAGACUGCAGCAUCCUGUUCAGCCAUCAUUUGGCCAUUUACCAGGGAUGCAGAAUGAAGUAUUUACUCAUCUUUCUUCGUCCCCAUCCUUGAUGAACAAGUUUGAAGCCAUGCUUGGUAUGGCUGAUCUUAGAGAUCAAAGACCAAAAUUUGCUCAGAAAGGUAGACCAAAUCUACGCUAUCCUCCUCAGGGCCCUGAUACCAAUGGAUGGCCACAGUUUAGAUCCAAGUAUAUGACGGUGGAUGAAAUCGAGGGUAUUCUUAGAAUGCAGCUGGCCGCAACGCACAGUAAUGACCCAUAUGUUGAUGAUUACUACCACCAGGCUUGUCUUGCCAAAAAAUCUGCUGGGGCAAAGCUGAGACAUCAUUUCUGCCCGACUAAUUUGAGGGAUCUUCCUCCUCGAGCACGUGCAAAUAAUGAGCCACACGCUUUUCUUCAGGUUGAUGCUCUUGGGAGGGUUCCUUUCUCUUCAAUUCGUAGGCCUCGCCCUCUGCUUGAAGUUGAUUCUCCAAAUUCAUCUGGUGCUGGAAACACUGAGCAGAAAGUAUCGGAGAAGCCCCUGGAGGAAGAACCUAUGCUUGCAGCUCGGGUGACAAUUGAAGAUGGUAUCUGCCUCCUACUUGAUGUAGAUGAUAUAGAUCGUUUCCUCCAGUUCAAUCAGGCCCCAGAUGGUGGAGCGCAGUUAAGACGGAGAAGGCAGGCCUUGCUGGAAGGGUUGGCAGCGUCCCUUCAAUUGCUUGAUCAAUUCCGCAGUAAUGGCCACACAGUUGGGAUUGCCCCAAAGGAUGAUCUUGUGUUCUUAAGAUUAGUCUCUCUUCCCAAGGGCCGAAAACUCCUAGCAAGGUACCUUCAGCUUCUUUUUCCAGGUGGUGAGCUCAUGAGAAUAGUCUGCAUGGCCAUUUUUCGCCACUUAAGGUUUUUGUUUGGAGUCCUGCCAACAGACUCGGGUGCAGCAGAUACUACAAAUAACCUUGUGAGGGUUGUUAUGUCAUGUGUUCAUGAAAUGGAUCUUCCUGCACUUAGUGCCUGCCUUCGAGCAGUGGUUUGUUCAUCAGAGCAGCCCCCACUUCGUUCUCUUGGAAGCCCUGCUGGAGAUGGGGCUUCCCGCAUACUGAAGUCAGUUCUUGAGAGGGCAGCUAAACUUUUAAAAGAUCCCCUCUCUGCUGGCAACUAUGAUAUGAACAGUCGGUCAGAGUGGCAGGUCUCGUUUAAUGAAUUCUUUGACCUCCUUUGGAAGUAUUCUGUAAAUAAAUUUGAAAGUAUCAUGCAGUCAGUUCGUCUACAAGUGUCACCAGAUAGAGUAAUUGAUGCUGAGGAAGUUGCUAGAGCUAUUAAGAGGGAAGUGCCAGUUGAUCUCUUGGAGGCAAGUGGUCCUCACACUACCGAUCACCAGAAACAGCUGUUGUAUGAGUUUUCACAGCGGUCCUUGAAACCUUGAAGUAGUUGGAUUUAGCAGUUAUGAAGCGAGCAGUGGUGGUCACACAAAUUCCUAGUUGAUGCUGGGUUAGUUUGAAACAUGAAGGUUUAUGCGAGACAACUGAAGAAAUUUUGAAAAAGAAAGGGGUGUGACAGAUGACGGACAAUAGUUGGGUAUGAGUUCUCUUUUGCUUGACAUAAUGGCUGUGAACAAAUGAACCAGAAAAUGAAGUUGAAGCUCCCUGGGCAUGUACUGUAAGAUCAGUUAACUGCUAGUAAUUUAGAUAUAAGUCUUACAUUUUUAUUUGUUUUUACUUUAAAUUCUACGUUACUGCUUUGGCAAAAAUAAGCAGAUCCUGUGUAUUAUGUUGAAACUCUGCUGGGAUUUAUUUCCCUUUUUGGUCAGUCCUUCGUUUUUCGCUUUGGGAUGUUAUUUUGAUGCUUUUGUUGUGGAAUUCUUGAUACAGAGAUGUAGUGGGUUAGCUUGUACAGGAUUCAGUGCAGAAGACCUUCCCAAUUUCCUGUUAUAUUAUUUUUCAAGGAGAUGGGAUGGAUAUGGUGUUUUGUCUCUGUAUUUGAAGUCGGCUCUGUGCCUUUCUUCUCAGCAGUUAAAUGGCUAUAAAGUCAUCCAUAUGCUGAUUGUAGUGUUCUCAAAACAGAUUAUGAAGUUGCAAUUUGAACUACUAUAGCAAAUUUAUUACUCCACAAUGAAAUACUUUUCUUUUUU